GCAUCUUUCACCAGGAAACCAUAGAGCUUUGUUUUUCGACUUCAUGUGUCUUCGCUCGCAUUUCCAAUUGGCGGCCCCCAUGGUGCGUUGUUUCUCCUACUCUGCGUGCUUCUUACAGUCUCCUCGGCUUCCACUAUGUGCAAUUCUGAUUCCGUUGCGGUAAUGAGGCGUGCUGCAGGUAGGAAAUCACACAAGACGAGCUGACCUUCUCAGUUGAUGAGGAACAGUGGCUGUACGUUGUCCACCUUGUAGCAUCGUGUCUUUAUUCACUGUAAAGGGGACGCUGACUUUGGAGGCCGUCAUUGAUCUGUUGCUAGCCCUUCUCCCGAACGUGAGACUCUCGUCUUGGAUGUGGAGGCAUUUUGUGUGAAUGUUUGAUGACUAAUUUUUCUGCUUUGUAACCAUCGCCAUUACUUGUGACCUAAGUACAUCGCAUGUUCACAAUCUUCUGUUUCUGCAAUGAUCUUACAGUCCAAUGCGCUUCGCUGCUGUGAGUAGCUCCAUGUUCAUGUGACCUGACUGUUCUGUUGCAUCAGAGGCAAUCGUCCAUUGCGUCAGUUCCAAGAUAUUCCUCUUUCGUGCAUGCGAGAUUGUUGACUUUCCUUUUAACUGCGAAUUCUAGUCUGAGACACUUGUCACGGAUGGGAUGGUCUAAGCCGCAUUUUUCGCCUGUUCGGUUCCGCUUUCUCUUCAAGCCAGAGAAAUUGUGGUUGUAGAUAGUGCCUGCAAGAGGAGAAAACGUUUUCCGCGCAAUUUCUUCAAGACAUGAGAAGAGGCGAGUCAUCCUCUAAGAAGGUCGUAACGAAGGAAGAAUGGGAGAAGAACCUGCGCGAGGUCAAAAUUUGGAAAGAAGAUAUGAACAGGCUGGUGAUGAAUUUUCUCGUCACUGAAGGAUAUGUCGACGCAGUCAAAAAAUUCCUGCAUGAGUCUGGGACUCAACGUAUCCUCUGCAAUUCUUGCAAAAUUGUUAUUGCCUCCUUAAUCACAGAAUUGGUCGGUCAUGAUCUUCGAAACGCUGUAGAAUGUGGACAUGUGGAGGAUGCUAUUGAGAAAGUCAAUCACUUAAAUCCAGAGAUUCUGGAUACAAAUCCACAACUAUAUUUUCACUUGCAGCAGCUAGGGCUUAUUGAGUUGAUUCGUGCUGGUAAAGUCGAAGAAGCUCUAGAGUUUGCUCAAGAAAAGCUGGCUCCAAGUGGCAAAGAUAAUCCUGCGCUUUUGGAGGAGCUGGAACGCACUAUGGCUCUCAUGGCUUUUGAAAACGCUUCUAAAAUCUCAGUGGAGGAGGUGAAAGAGCUCCUGAACGAUAAACAGCGUCGGAAAACAGCUAAUGAAUUAGACGCUGCUGUUCUCAAAAGCCUUUCUGAUGAGAAAUGUCCAAGCUUACCAAGUAUUCUGAAGAUGUUGAUGUUGGAGCAAAAUCAGCUUGACGAAAAAGUUUCUUAUCCUCGAAUUAACAAUAUUGUGGGUGCUACGCUUGAGGGGCCUGUGAUAUAAUUUACAGCUUGUUCCAACUUCUUGUGAAGACUAUCAGGACCGUGCGUGUUAUGAUCCGGAGAGAAGGCUCCACAUUAUUAAAUCUGUAUCAAGGGUAGAGCUCUUGCUUAAGCAACCACAUACAAUUUUCUUUGGUUAAUGCAACAGCUUACAAGUUUGAGGUAAAUGUGAUUUAGCUACUGUAAAUCCUUGAAUUGAAGUGUUACAGUAGCUAAAUCUCGUUGAAAUCUUCAACUAGAGUUAAGAGUUUACUAGGAUAUAUCAACUUUUUUGUUGCACUCGGUCCAGUUCACCAAAUGUAAGUGGUGGGAAGCAAGAUGCAGAUAUUUCCCCAUUGAGCGCACCAAUCUGUGAUGCUCUUGCUUAACCUGGGCAUUUAUAAUGAUGACCCAGUGAGAUUGAUCUCUAAGAAGUACGGUCGUCUUGUAAGAUUUUCUUGUUCAUUCAAAUGACAAAACAUAUUUUGCAUU